GUAAAUCAGUAAAACUUAGCCGUCACUUGAAUAUCUAACCUUAAAUAAUUGUUUACGAGUGAUUAAAAAUGGGAUCUAAAAAGAAGCGCGACUCCGAUUCCUCUGAUAGUUCUUCAGAAUCGGGAAGCAGCGAUUCGGAUUCUUCGUAUGAACGUAAGAAAUCAAAUACAAAGAAGCAUUCGCGAAGUAGUUCAGAGGAGAGUUCUCGAGAGAAGUCGAAAAAGACUGUGAAAAGGAAGGCUGAAAAUGAAUCAGAUGGUGAAAAAAGGAAUAAAAGACAUUCAGAAGAAUCAAAAGAUAGAAGAUCAUCAAAUAAUUAUAAAAGUGACAAAUCUGUAGAAGACAGACAUAGGGAUCACAAAUAUGAUCGUUAUAGUGACAGAAACAGAAGUGGAAAGAGUAGUAGUGGAGACUAUAGAAACAGAGAUCGAGAAGACAGGGGUCACAAGGAUGAUUACAGAAACAAAGAUAAAAACGAUGGUCGGAAUAGAAGUUUUAGGGAUAGGGAUAAUAGAGACAGACCAAAUAGAGACAGAGGUCAUGAUAGUAGAGAUUACAGAGAUAGAAGAUACAACAGGGACAGUCAAAACUCAAGGGGUAGAAAAAGGAGGAGCAGAAGUAGUUCUUUUGAUCAUGCCAAUGCUAAAUGGGGCAGAGAUGAUGCAGGGAACUCCAAAAGUACUGAGAAAAAGCAGGAGGAGAAAGAGAAACCUAACUUUGGUUUGUCUGGAAAACUUACUGAAGAGACUAAUACUUACAGGGGUAUUGUUAUUAAAUACAGUGAACCUCCAGAAGCAAGAAAGCCUAGACGUAGGUGGAGACUGUAUCCUUUCAAAGGAGAAAAAGCUUUGCAAACAUUAUAUAUUCACAGAGAAAGUGCUUAUUUAAUUGGAAGGGAAAGGAAGGUUGUGGAUUUGCCUGUAGAUCAUCCAUCCUGUUCCAAGCAACAUGCGGCUCUGCAGUACAGAUUGGUUCCAUUCACCAGAGAGGAUGGCUCCACUGGAAAAAGAGUGCGGCCAUAUAUAAUAGAUUUGGAAUCGGCAAAUGGAACUUUUAUUAACAAUAAGAAAAUUGAACCCAGAAAAUAUGUGGAAUUGUUGGAAAAGGAUGUUAUUAAGUUUGGGUUCAGUUCCAGGGAGUAUGUUCUUUUACAUGAGAAUAGUAAAGAUGAGGCAUUAGAUGAUGAUGUGAAGCAAGAAGAUGAAGAAUUGCCUAUGAAGGAGGAACCUAAAAAUUAAGUUUAUAAGGUAAUAUAAAUGUAAAACAUUUUAAGUAAUAUUUGACAGGAUUUGUAAAUAGUUCAAGAUGACUGAUAUAAAAAAUACUGUCAACAAUGGUAAAUUUAAAUAAUUAUGAACUUUAAAAUUUUAUUGAUUAGUUAAUUAUCAUUAAGUAUAACUUAAUCUGUUUUAUGUACAUGUUUUUUAAUAUUCGAAAAUCUGUAUAGAUAUUUAUAUUUAAAUACAUAAAUAAAAUAAAAUUGGGUAUUUAAAAA